GGAAGGAGAGACGGCGGAACUAGUGUUCCAGUAGUUGUGGUUCUCCGGGGAAGCCAAUUCUGGGGACCGGUAGUGGAGAGCUCUGGACCUUGUUUCCGGCCACCUCAGCGGGAAGCGGAGACGCCAGCAGCUGGGUUUUCGGGAACUAAGGUAGAGGCAUAACUGUUGUCGCGGCGAAGCAAGUCAAGACGCACCUACGGCCGUCCAGGCUAGUUUUGGGUCUCGGUAGUCUGUGAAGAUGGUGUUGCUCACGAUGAUCGCCCGGGUGGCGGACGGGCUCCCGUUGGCCGCUUCGAUGCAGGAGGACGAACAGUCUGGCCGGGACCUUCAGCAGUACCAAAGUCAGGCUAAGCAACUCUUUCGAAAGUUGAAUGAACAGUCCCCUACCAGAUGCACCUUGGAAGCUGGCGCCAUGACUUUUCACUACAUUAUUGAACAGGGGGUAUGUUAUUUGGUUUUGUGUGAAGCUGCCUUCCCUAAGAAGUUGGCUUUUGCGUACCUAGAAGAUUUGCACUCAGAGUUUGAUGAACAGCAUGGGAAAAAGGUUCCGACUGUGUCUAGACCCUAUUCCUUUAUUGAGUUUGAUACCUACAUUCAGAAAACCAAGAAGCUCUACAUUGACAGUCGUGCUCGGAGAAACUUAGGUUCCAUCAAUACUGAAUUGCAAGAUGUGCAGAGGAUCAUGGUGGCCAAUAUUGAGGAAGUGUUACAACGGGGAGAAGCACUUUCAGCAUUGGAUUCGAAGGCUAACAAUUUGUCCAGUCUGUCAAAGAAAUACCGCCAGGAUGCGAAGUACUUGAACAUGCGUUCCACUUACGCCAAACUUGCAGCAGUAGCUGUAUUUUUCAUCAUGUUAAUAGUGUAUGUGCGAUUCUGGUGGCUGUGAAGUAGUGAAUCCCGUCAUUGUCAGAGGAGAACCUAGAACCUGGCAGGUGUAUGUUUUCAGGAAGCUGAGCUCACAGAGAUGUGUAUUAGAAUUCAAGUGGAACUUCUGCCUCUAAAGACCUUGCAAGAAAAGACAUGUCCUGAAAAUGAAAGAUUACACCUCAUUUAAUGAAGCUUAACCCUAUGUAGAAAGUCUCUUGGGGGCAGAGGCUUUCUCUGGGUGCUAAGCCAUAUAUGUUAGGGAACAGUAGGUUGUUUUAUUUUGUUUUUUCCCCUCCCAGUGUUUUAUAUUUUAGAUCAGCACUCACUGGGGCAUUCUCAUUCUCUAAUGGAGCCGUCAGUGAGAUUUGGCUUAACCAACCUGUGCUAGCAACAGUUUGAAAUCCCUUCAGAGAAGGCAACCCUUUGGAAAGUUUUUUGACCAUCUAAUCAACAUUCCUUUUGUUGGUGACAUUUGUUAUUUUCAGGAAUCUGAGUUGUUGAUGGCCUUUUAAACAAGACUCCAGUAUGUGAAGGUUAAUUGCUGUGCUGCAAGAGAUCCUAUCUGUUGGCCCCUGUAGAAAGUUAGCCUUUGUUAUUUUCCCUUUAUAAUAUUUUGCUUAUUGUACAAUUGCUCUUAGGGUUAAAUGAAUUAUAUUAAGAUGCCUGAAAUUAUAUUAUAGCACUCCUUGAUUAAGAAGCUAACAUGUUUUCUGUCAUUUACUCCUCAAAAGACUUAAAAUUAGUUUGGGACAUUCUUAAUUUUAUUUUUAUGCAUCUGGUUUAUAUUAAUAUAUGAGUGAGUACAGCAUAUGGAUAGUCAGAGACCCCUGACUUAGUGAAAAGCAAGGCCAGCUCAUAACUACAGCUUUGUCCUGCCCCUUUCUCACUUUCUCCACUAUGGUUUUCCUCUCUUUCUCUUGCCAGAAUUUUCUAACAUUUUAAAAAUUCCUCUGUGUCCAGUAGUUUCAAGUCCAUUAAGUAUCUUCUCAGGAUAUUCUCAAAUUUCAAAAUAGAAAAUGUUCAGCUGUGUAGUUAAUUAAAUUUAAAUUUUUCUGGAACAACUGCUCAAACUAUUAAAUACAUUUAUCAAGUCUGAGAGCACUUCAUACCUGCUUCAGUUAUGGAAAUUCUCUGAGAAUGUUCUAGAGAUAGGUAACUGAUAUCACAGUAGCUUCUAAUAACAAACAAAUACUUAUGAUUUUUCCCUUUUUUGCUCAGGGAUGAUGAGGAUUUCCUCUUACCUUCUGAGGUAGAAUUUUCUAAAUGGGGAAAACAGGCCUUUUAAAUACUGUCACAAGGCUCUACAGUAUAACCUAUAACUCCUAUACACACUGCAAAUAUUUCUUUAAAUUGUACAGGUACAUGAGCCACCUUCUUACUUCUUAAAAUCUUUGGAAAGACCUUUAACCAGUAAGCAAUUUUAUAACUCAGGAUCAUCAAAGCUACUGUUCUGAUUCCUGAUAGAGAAAAACAUCCUAUUUCCUUAUAACAAGGCAAGGAGAAAUGCUUAUUUUAUUCCUGAUAAUUUACAGAACUAGAAUAAAGUUUUUUUCUUUCCAUUUUGGACUUAAGUCUGCCAAUUGGACUUUUGUGCAUGAAAUAAGUUACUUUUUAUAGAGAAUAAGUGCUUUUAAGUUCCUAAAAGGCUUGUCCCUAAGUAAUGAUGUUGGUAAUAAAAGCCUUUGAAAGGCUGAAAACCUAAGUAGCAUUUGGUACUUCUGUAGGAGUGGAGAAUGGCAGCUUGUUGUUGAGAGUUGCAUACUGCAGCCAAGUGGUCAGCAAUGAAAUAAAUACUUCUAGAAUGUUCC